CAUGCACAGAUAAUUUUUGCCUUAUUUUCUAUAUUUGGUGCUUUUAGUCCAAAAAUAUCUUAUAGAAAAAUAAAAAAUAUAUUAAAUCACUUCUUAAAAUUAAUAACGUGCCUUUAAAUGCUAUAAUUUCUGUAUUUUUAUUUUCUGUCACCGAAGUGAAGAUAGGCAAAAGCGUCGUCAAGCGCUGUAGAAUUUCAAGUCCGCUAAUGGCGGACGCCAAUAAUUUUGGAAGUUUCGUGAUUCUAUUGUUCUGUUUUUGAGGAUUUAAUUCAUUUUUAUAAGCUGGAAUGAGUUUAGUUUCAAGUGUUUACGUCCAUAGUGCUAUAAAUGUGCAAGUGAUAUGAAAUGUUCAGUUUGAAUAUGACAAAAGCGCCCGCUAGAUAUGUAACCUUUUCCAUAACCUCGUUUACGCGAAUGGAGUAGAUAUGUGAUCGAUGUGUGUGCAACGGUGAACGAUUUUUCGUCAUAUUCGCGUUACUAUUAGUGCGAAGUUAUUUGGCAUAUUAGUGAUGGAAGUGUCCGCGUCGCGGUUUUGCAAUCCGACGCCCGUUUUCGAUGUAACGUAAGUGAGCCGGUCGAUCGCCAAAGCUAGUGUAAGCAGGGACGGCCGCUACCAGCCGAACAUGGCUGCGACGCAGGCUGAGUCUCAGCGAAGCGAAGCGAACGUAGAUCAGAGUCCAUCGGAACAGCUCAGUGAAUCUCGGAACGUUCUAUUACAAAACGGCACCGACAAGACCGUCGGGCGCGUUCCGCCCGAUGGCGUUGUGAACACAAAGAGUAAAUCGCCGAUGUCGGCCGAUCCGGGCCUGCCACGCGACGGUGGUGAAGCUCCGGGCCACGAUCGGAGUGGUGAAAGGCCAUUGCCGGAUCAGUAUGGAUCGUAUCGUUACCCGGAGGGCGCGGAUCCUUAUUAUGCUCAACGGCCCGGUUUUCCCGGCAAACCGCGUCCGCCGCCGCAGCAAAGAUAUUUCCCGGGGCAGGCGGUGUCACAAGCUCCCGGGCCUACGCCGACGCUUAAUUCGUUACUCCAGUCGAGCGGGGCGCCACCGCAUCGCUACCCCAACAGCUAUGACCAGCCGCCUGGAGGUUAUGGGCCCGCGCCCGGCUGGCCACAGCCUAGGCCAAUGCCACCAUACAAUCCUCAACCAAGUCCAUAUAGAAAUUCGACGCCACCACGAGGUUAUGGUGGUCCGCCAUACGGUGCAGGCGCUCCAGGCGGUCCUCAGCAGCCGCCGGGCGCAUACGGUCCACCUGGCUCGUAUCCGCCACGGUACCCGCCGCCGCCGGGGCCACCGGGCGCACCCAACUCGAGACCACCGUUCUCUCCGCACCAGGGUUACGAGCGCGGUGGUUCACCACAGCCACCUACUCAUCCCCCUGGUGCACCCAGCCCAGGUACAGCACAGAGUGUGGGAGGCCUCUCGCCGACCCAGGACUCGCAGCAUCCGCCGCACUUGCCGCCCGGUUCGCAACCGCCACACCAGGGCUACCCUCCACCGCCCCGGCCAGCUCAGCCGUCCACACCCAACGCUCAUGAUCAAGACUCCGAUCUGACCGGUCAGAACAGCAAUGACUCGGGCGGCAGCGGCGGCGCGGGGCGCGCUUCCACGCCGCACUUGAGGCCCACGCCGAGCCCGACAGGCUCGAGUGGAUCGCGAUCCAUGUCACCGGCUGUCGGUACCCAGAACGUACCGAUGCCACCGCGGCCAUCGUCAUCGUUAUCGGACGGCGGCGGACCGACCGUGAGGGCCGGUGCUGGCGCAGGCAAUCCGGGCGCAGGGCCGCCACCGUCGGCGGCGCCUCCACCCGGAGCGAUGCUGCCGCAGCCCUACCACCACGGCCCCUACAAGCCGGCGCCCUAUCCGCCGCAGCCCUACGCUUACCCGCCACGCAACCACCACCCCUACCCGUAUGGCGGCUACCGGCCUACUCCGCCACCACAUCCGUCACAACAUUAUCCCCCGCUCAAGCAAGCGGGUCGUCACAUGGGCCCGCCGGGCGAGGCCAUGCCGCCGCCCAACGCGCCGGGCGAGGCGCACGACAACGGGCCCGCCGCGCCCGCCACCGCGCUCGUCACCACCGGGCCCGACGGCGCGCCGCUCGACGAGGGCAGCCAGCAGAGCACGCUCAGCAACGCCUCCGCCGCGUCAGGCGAGGAGCAGUGCGGCACGCCCAAGAGCUCGCGCAAGGAGUACGGCGCGGGCAGCGCGGCGCCGUCGCCGUCGCCGGGCGGCGCGUCGCACUCGUCGGCGCACGAGGACUACGACGCCUCGCCGUCGCCCUGGCCGCGCCCGCCCUCCAGUCCUGUGUUUAACAGUCACAUAGCGCCGGAGUCCUACAGAUCAAAGAAGUCGGACUCGCUGGGCAAGCUGUACGAGAUGGACGACGCCCCGGAGCGGCGCGGCUGGGUGGAGCGCCUGCUGGCGUUCAUGGAGGAGCGCCGCACGCCCAUCGCCGCCUGCCCCACCAUCUCCAAGCAGCCGCUCGACCUCUACCGCCUCUACCUGCUCGUGCGCGACCGCGGCGGGUUCGUCGAGGUGACGAAGAAUAAAACGUGGAAGGAUAUCGCCGGUCUGCUCGGGAUCGGUGCGUCGUCGUCGGCCGCAUACACGUUGCGGAAGCACUACACGAAGAAUCUGCUCGCAUACGAGUGCCACUUCGACCGCGGCGGUAUCGACCCGCAGCCGAUCAUAAACCAGGUGGAGGCGUCCACGAAGAAGAAGAGCGGCAAGUCCAACAGCACGACUAGUGCAGGCUCGUCCAACUCGGCGGAGCAGUUCGUGGGCGGCGCGGGGCAGGCCGGCGCGCCCAUGGACGGCUACCCCGCGCACUACGCGCCCUACCCGCCGCAGCCCGCGCAGCCGCAAGGCGGCGGGCCGGGCGGCGACAACCUCGCCGCCUCCAACCCGUUCGACGAGCCGCCGGGGCCGAGGCGACCCCCAGGUUACCAACAAGGUUACGGGUACGAAUAUGGAUCUCCUUAUCCGUCGAAUAGGCCCGUCUACCCGCCGUACGGCCCCGACGGCGACAGGGGCUACGGUUCGGGUGGCGAGUACCGGUACGGCGGCUACGGCGGCGGGUACCGCGCGGGCGCGCCGGCGGGCGGCGCGGCGGCGGCGCAGCCCGCGCCCGCUCAGCCCGCCGCGCCACCGCCCGCGCAGCCCGCGCACCCCGCGCACCCGGCGCACCCCGCGCACCCCGCGCAGCCCUACCCCGACUACUACCGCGCGCCGCAUCCGCAUCCGCACCCGCCGCACCCUCCGCACCCGCAGCACCCGCCGCACCCGCCGCACCCGCCGCACUCGCCGCAGCAGCCGCACGAGAUGUCCGGCGGGGCGCAGGUCGCGGGCGCGCUCAUGAGCUCGCAGCUCGCUCGCCAGCUCGUGGCGCCGCUGCCGUCGCCCGUCCGCCCCUACUACGGCGUGAAGGGAGGAGCGGGAGCGGUCGGCGCGGCGGCGGCGGCGGCGGGGGCCCCGCGGCGACACCCCGACUUCGCCAAGGCGGAGGGCCCGUACCCGGGCGGCGGCGGCGCGCGCUUCGCGGGCAGCGCGUGGGGCGGCAGCUUCCCGCGCGCCGCGCCCGCGCCCGCUUGGCGCGCGCCCGGCCCGCUGCAGCACGCGCCGCUGCACCAGCACCAGCCCGCCUGGCCGCACCAGCACCAGCAUCAGCACCAGCAUCAGCCCUACCAUCCGCCGGGAGCAGCUUCGGGCGUCGGUCAGAUCAAAAGAGAAUUAACGUUUCCCGCGGAAUGUAUAGAGGCGACUGUGCCCUCCGCAGAAAAGCGACGUCGAUUGACGAAGGCCGACGUGGCCCCGGUCGACGCGUGGCGCAUUAUGAUGGCGCUUAAAUCGGGGCUGCUCGCUGAAACCUGCUGGGCGUUAGAUAUCCUGAAUAUACUCUUGUUUGAUGACAACUGCAUAGGCUACUUCGGCCUCCAGCACAUGCCAGGUCUGCUCGAUCUACUCUUGGAACACUUCCACAAGAGCCUCAGUGACGUGUUUGACGCACCCGCGGCAGAAAGCGAGCCUUGGUACGCGCCGCCCUCCAGCCCUGAGCCUGCAGCCAAGACGCGGCGGAGAGCAGAGCCCCCUGACCCCGGCGAUCGCGUCCGUCUGCUCUCCUGUGAGAACUAUACGCUUGAAUCCAGGCGCCGUCUUCCCGUGACGCUUGCGACCCGUUCUGAUGAAGACCUGUUUGCACCGGAAGAUCCAGAGCCCGACCGCGACGUCGAAGACGUGCUCGAGCCUUGGCAGAUCGGCGGUGACUCGGGCGGAGGAGCGCACGUUAUGCCCUGCUUCCGCGGAGAAUUCGUACACUUGCCCUUCGUGCGCGUGCUGCCCGGCUCGAGGCCGCCGUCGCCGCCUGCCGCGGUCGCGCCUCCCGCUUCCCCGCGCGCCGAGCCCGAACCGGAGCCGGUGCCGCGAGAUAUCUCCGUCGAACCCGACGGCGAUAACCUCGAAGCUGAACCCAUGGAACUCGAACCCGAGCGCCGGCCGCCGCUACAGAUUCGCGAUCCUGCAGGCGUGCUUAAGCGCCGUCGGCUCGAAGACUACGAGGACGAGUGCUACACGCGGGACGAGCCAAGCCUCAACCUGGUUAACGAGUCGAGAGACGCCCUCGCCAAGCGGUGUAUAGCCCUUUCUAAUAUUUUACGCGGACUCACUUUCGUGCCCGGCAAUGAAGCGGAAUUUUCGCGAUCGGGCGCCUUUCUCGCUCUAGCGGGCAAGUUGUUGUUGCUGCAUCACGAGCACGCCCCAAGAGCGGCCCGAGCGCGCGCCUACGAACGGGCAGCGCGGGACGAGGUAGACGCCGACGCGUGCUGUUCGAGCUUAAAAGGAGAGAACGAGUGGUGGUGGGAUACGUUAGCGCAGUUACGGGAAGAUGCGCUCGUUUGCUGCGCCAACAUUGCCGGCAGCGUCGAGCUCUCUGGACAACCGGAGGCGGUAGCGCGGCCGCUGUUGGACGGCCUACUUCACUGGAGUGUAUGCCCGGCGGCCGUGGCCGGCGACGCACCGCCGGCGGCCGCUCCCGGGUCACCACUGUCGCCGCGGCGGCUCGCGCUCGAGGCGCUGUGCAAGCUGUGCGUGACGGAUGCGAACGUCGACCUGGUGCUGGCGACGCCGCCGCGCGGGCGGAUCGCAGCGCUGUGCGCGGGGCUCGCGCGCGACCUGUGCCGACCCGAGCGACUCGUCGUCCGCGAGUUCGCCGUCAACCUCCUCCACUACCUGGCGGGCGCCGGCGGCGCGGCGGCUCGCGAGGUGGCGCUGCACGCGCCGGCCGUGGCGCAGCUGGUGGCCUUCAUCGAGCGUGCCGAGCAGACAGCUCUGGGCGUGGCGAACCAGCACGGCGUGGCGGCGCUCCGGGACAACCCCGACGCGAUGGGCACGUCGCUGGACAUGCUGCGCCGCGCCGCCGCUACCCUGCUGCGCUUAGCCGAGCACCCGGAGAACCGCCCGCUCAUCCGACGCCACGAACGACGCCUGCUAUCACUCGUCAUGAGCCAGAUUCUCGACCAGAAGGUGGCGCACGAGUUGGCGGAUGUGCUAUACCACUGUAGCCAGCAGCGAGUAGACGAGCCGCGACAGGAAGACAAGUGAGGACAUUCAGUGCCACGUGACGCGGCGACGUGAUGCUGUGACGUGACGUGAUAUCGUGACGCGGUGACGUGACGUUCGUGACAUGACGCGUGACGAGCGGCGUGGCGGGCGCGACAGACUGACUACCGUUGGGUACGUGUACAUAUAGUGAUACGGCGCCCGCCGCGACCGCGAUCGCUCGAUGCGCCGGAGCUUCGAGCGUUAGGCUGUACAAUCUGAUUUUUGUUAUUUAUGUCCAUGAUGAUUUAUUUACAAGAAUGUCAAUGUGCUAUAAUCGAUUUCUAUUGUUCGAUUGAGAAACAGAUGUAUUAUAACUCGUAAUUUUGAUUUUUAUAAUAAAAUGGGACUUGAAUCUG